AUGCAUCCAAAGACAAAGACGAUCUCUUUCAAAGCUCCAAAGGACGAUCUCUUCAAAGCCCCAAAGGACGAUCUCUUCAAAGCUCCAAAGGACGAUCCCUUCAAAGCCCCAAAGGACGAUCCCUUCAACGCCCCCAAGGACGAUCCCUUCAACGCCCCCAAGGACGAUCCCUUCAACGCCCCCAAGGACGAUCCCUUCAACGCCCCCAAGGACGAUCCCUUCAACGCCCCCAAGGACGAUCCCUUCAACGCCCCCAAGGACGAUCCCUUCAACGCCCCCAAGGACAAUCCCUUCAACGCCCCCAAGGACGAUCCCUUCAACGCCCCCAAGGAUGACACCCCCAAGGCCCCCAAAGAUGAUCCCUUUACCACACUGGCAUCAUCUAAAGAUGUCCCCUUUACUGCUGCAUCAACAUUCCCCAAAGAGGAUCCUUUCUCCACAUCAUCAAACCCUACAAAAGAGGACCCUUUUGUUGCACCAACAACACUCCCAAAAGAGGAUCCAUUCAAAGGGCCAUCCAGUCCACCUAAAGAUGAUGCGUCCGAUCCCUUCAAUGCGCCUCCACUGAGCUCGCCUCAAGAUGCUGCAGAUGCAUGGGGUGCCCCUGCUUGCUCUCCACCCAGUGACGGGUCACAUACAUGGGGGGUGCCGUCUGCUCAAGAGGAAACAAAGGGUGGAGACCCCUGGGGGGAUGGGACAAGCACCUUCUCACCUGUUGAUAAUGCUGAUGCAUUUGGAGAUGCAUCCAAACUGGACAACGACCCAUGGGGGGCUCCAGCUGCAGCUCCGGUCAGCACAGAUGAUGCAUGGGGUUCACCUGCUCCCCCCGUGGCCUCCUCCCCGUCAAGUGGUCCGUUUGGCGACGGAGCGUCUAAAAAAGGUGAUCCUUGGGGUGCGCCAAGUAGCGCACCUAGCAACGGGGCAGAAAAUACCUUUUAGAGUAGAAUUGGACCUGUAUUGUAUUGCAGGAGAGCGACCGGCGCAGAAGGAGAAGGCGUAUAGAAAGACUGCUUCGUUUCUGGGCUCUGCGGCGGCGCUUGUUGACUUGGACAAUCUAUUUUCUUUGAAUCCCGAACCCAUGCGGCGACCAGUCGCCAGCACGCUCCUCGCCCAGACACAAGCCGUCGGUAAGGAAGGAGAAACCGCUUCGCUCUGGGUGACAAUAACCGUUCUUUGACAAUGGCUUGGUGUGGGAUCAUAUGUGGCACGCUUGAUUUAAAUGGAUGCAUGACCAACUUUAAAGACUGGAUAAUCCCUGAGACACACAAAUAAUUGCUGGGAUGAUGAUUCACAUGCAUUCCACUACUGUUUAGCUCAAGUCCAGAGAGGAGGUGGGUGAGACUGAAUCACAAGUAAAUAUUGAGCAAUAGGUGUGAGUGGAAAAGAUUACUGUAAUCCUGUGUGAUGCCCCACCCCCCCUUUUCUCGCUGCAUACUGUAUAGAUGUUGUGACCUGAAGUUUAGUGUAGAACCCAGUGUAGAUUAACUGGACAAAAUAUAACUUUUCUCACCCCUCUCUCCCUCUGAUCUGGUGAAUUUUCUCUUUACUGUAAUACUUUAUCA